AUGGAUCGUCUGAAUAGUGGUUUGGAUGCUAGGCGGGUCAUGCACAUGCUCAGCUCGAACCUUGACAAAGAACGCAACAUGUGGAAACCUGCCGUCAUCAAAUCAUCUGGUGAUCAGGGGAUCACAGAGCAGCAGCGUGAUGAAGCUGCAGCAUGGCUGGCAUACCUGGCUGCAAAUUUCAAGUUUUUACCUGAAACCUGUGGCCUGGCUAUUCAACUGAUGGACAGAGUGUUGCACUUGGUCAAGGUCCGUUCAAAGUAUCUACAGUGUGUAGCUGUGACCUGUCUGUAUAUAGCAGCCAAAACACUUGAAGAAGACGAGAAUAUUCCCCCAACUCCGGAUCUUGUGAGGAAAAGCAGAUGUGGAUGCUCCUUCGCUGAAAUCACACGCAUGGAAAUGGUUAUUCUAAACAAGCUCAACUGGGAGAUUAGAAUGCCAUCUGCAGUUGAUUUUCUUCACACGAUUCACGUAGUGCUGAUCAUGCACUACCCCCACCUGUUGUCCAGCCAGAACAACCAGAGCCCCUCAGAGCACCUUGCUGCUGUCAUGCGCAAGAUGAUCCGCUGUCUAGCAUGGCAUGGACUGCUACACUACCGACCCUCGGCCAUUGCCUUGGCUCUGAUCAGUCUGGAGUUGGAACAAAUAACUCCAGGCUGGCUGCGUCUAGUUUUGGCUCUGCAAAGGAUGACAAAUAUCGGCAGUGAGCAGUUCAUGCAAUGUCGUGAAACAAUGGCGGAUUUCUUAGGCCACCACUCACAAGCAACAAGCAUGUACAAGUCGCGUACUUCAUCCUCAUCUGCGCCACAGUCCAAGAAACGCAAGGUGGAACAUGUUGUGCAUGAAGCUGAUGAUGAAAACAUCUACGAUGGCAUCAAGCGACUCUACAGCGAGGAUACAUUUGUUUGCCCUAGUGGUCCCCCUUUAAAAGGAAAUGGCUGCAUGGAUAAACCUGCUCUGAGGACCUCUUGUAGUCUGGAGAUGCACCAAGACAACGAUGAAACGAUCAACCUCACAAGGAAACUUGUACUAGUUAACUGA